AUGUCAGCGCAUCGGGGACAUGUAGUGAUGCGAAGAUACUCACCGGCAUUCGUGGCAUACACAGAAAUGCCUGAGCUUCCAGAGCAUGUGCCGAACUUUGACACAGAUGACAACGAUUGUCCCAUUGUGCAUCUGGGCGAGCUGUUCUGCCGGAUGCCUGGUUUGGGCCGUGGUACCAUUUGCGGGGCCAAGUUCACGACGAGGGAUCAUGUCAUGAACCACGUAACAGUCUUCCACGGGGUGCUCAAGGAAAACCUCAGAGGCAUAAGAGGCGGACAACACACGGGUGCCUAUGUUCGAGCAAGCCUGAGAUUCUACAUCAACGUCAUGAAGCAUGAGGACUAUCUUGGGAAGGAAGGUCCGCUGGAGACAGCUGUCGACACAAUGUCGAUCAAGCCGCGACCUCGUUCAAGAAAAACGCUCGAAGGCAACGAUGGGCGGGCUAUGCUCGGGGAAGAUGAUGAUGUCGAGCUGAGCUAUCCACCACGACGCAGUCCGAGGCGGAAAGCAGCUCUUCCCUCAUUCGCGGAGUCAAACAGCGCCGAGCUGAACUAUACACCGCGGCGCAAUCUGAGACGGAGACUACCUUUCCCUUCGGACGCGCAGUCAGAUGACGCCGAGAUGGUAGAUGGGGAUUUGAUUCAUGGGCAAGGUCACAAUUUGGGCGAAGGUGACGAAACUACACAGGUCCUGUCGGACCUACAACCCACUGCUCCGGUAAGAAUAGAGACAGCCGGUGAUGUUCAGCCCACAUUGCAACGAGACAGCACUCCGGCGAUGACCCGCCAAUCCUUGGUCAUCGAUAUGUCCGAGGAUGUGUCUGAGGCAGGGAACGAGUCUUCUGACGGCGAAGAAGCGCAAGCUCAGCUUGAAAGCUUCCGCAUUCAGAGGGACAUCAAGCGAAUCGAACUUGAGGAGAAGCGCAUUGAGCUCGAGGAAUUGCUGCUGAAGCAGAGACUAGUGGCCCGGAAGAAGAGUCGUAGGUCUUGA